UGGCAGCUCGAUGGAAGCGAAUCGUGCCAGGCUGGACCGUUUGCAUAUCAGAUAAUUAAGCAGCACCUCAAUCAACCCCUCGCCUCUAUUCUAGCGAUAAACGACAUCCACAGAGAGCAUGACACGUUCCGAGGCUCUCUCUGACCUGGUUAAGCCGUGGUGUAAGAAAGUGAUGGACGAUCCACAAUGGGAGCGGUUGUCAACGCGGGCAAAGAGCAGUAAUGCUCUCUUCACCGAGACACUCUGGACCGACGAAACCAUAUGCGCCCAUCAAUCCUUUUACAGGAGUCAGCGAUCUGAAAAUCUUCCUUCGGGCGAGAUACGAGUUCUCUUAUCACUCGGCUCUGGUCUUGAUGGUCAUCCUGGGAUCUGCCAUGGCGGAUUCCUCUCCCUUAUCUUCGACGACACCAUUCACGAAUUGGCUGCCAAGGAGCUACCAACUUUGGCGGUGACUGUCUCCUUGACAGUAACGUUUCGCCAGCCUGUACGAACCCCUGCCUUGGUUGUCUGUCGGGCUUGGAUGGAGAAGGUGCCCGUUGGGAGGAAAGCUUGGAUUGAAUCAACAAUAGAAGAUGGGAAGGGAGGCGUAUUCGCAUCUGUAGCCAGCUUUAUCCUCAAAAUCAAGGAGAAUAUAUAAGUGGGAACGCCUUGGAUUAAACUACGGGAAAGAUGCUUUUAAGUUGGAUUUGAAAUGUGCAUCCACAAAUCAUGUACUCAGUUGAUACGGCCAAAAGCGCAACCUAAGAGGC